CACUUAUCAGCUAGUACUGGUUCUAAUACUGCUGUGCCAUUUAAAACUGCAGCAAAAAUUUUGUCAAAUUGUUUAUGAACCCUGAUUGAAAAAAAUAAAACAGCACUACUGGUCACCAGUAUAUAUUAUGUUUUAAAUGCAGGUUUGCUUGUGUCACCGGCAGGCUUCUUAAUUAGCUUAACCAGCAAGAUUUCCUUGGUCAACCAACUUAACCAGAAAGAACACGCUUGUCAACCAGUUUUACCAGCAAAGUUUUGUCUUGUUGGUCCACAGUCAGCUAGACCAUCACCAAACCAGCAUAUACUAUCCUGGAGCAGCAUGGAAAUUCAUGCCUUUCUAAGCUUGUCUUUUCAGCAGGGAAGACCUUUUUUUAAUUGUUGGUCACUGACAAAUAAGUUUGUAGAGUAUUCCAGUAUUCCAAAGCGCUGCGCACAAAUUUUUAUUUACUUCACAGUUCAAAUUAGUCAUUAUAUCUGUGCUGAACACAGAACAAUAGCAAACAAAAUAUUGCAAUGUUUGUUGAUAUACACUUCCAGUCAAAAGUUUGGACUAAACUUCUGAUUCUUGUGAUCUUAUAAAAACAUUUUGAUCAAUAGGUUUAUGCAAACAUGAUUGAAAUUAGAUGUGCCUAAAUAUGAAUUUCUUUACAAGAUUAAAAUAGUUACUCGGUCGGUUGGUCUUAACACUUUACAACACUAUAAUAUUUAGUUCGUUGGUCUGUCGGUCGGUCGGUAAGUUAGUUGUGUCAACAAAAAUAAAUUAUGCCCACAAUAAAUUGUCACAAAACUAAAAUAGUUAGUUAGUUAGUUAGUCGCAGAGUGGUGGUGGCGUAGUGGACUAAAGCACAUAACUGGUAAUCAGAAGGUUGCUGGUUCAAUCCCCACAGCCUUCACCAUUGUGUCCCUGAGCAAGGCACUUAACUCCAGGUUGCUCCAGGGGAAUUGUCCCUGUAGUAAGUCACUUUGGAUAAAAGCGUCUGCCAAAUGUAAAUAUCAGUUAGUUAGUACAACCCAGCAUACAUGGGGACUUUUUUCAGUACUGUUAAAAACCAUCCCGGGAUGCAGCUUUUGAAGUUGCUUGAGAGAAUGACCAGAGUGUUCAGAGCUGUAAUCCAGGCAAAGGGUGGCUUGUUUGAAGAAGCUAAAAUAUAAAAUAGUUUUGAUUUGUCCAACAUUUUUGGUGCCUACAUUAAUUCCACAUAAUGUAUUAUUUCAUAAUUUCAUGACUUGUUUUUUAGAUUUUAUUCUACAAUACAGUAAAGAGCAACAAUAAAGAAAGAGUAGAUGCCCAGUCUUUUGACUGGUACUGUAGACAAUUAACCUUUAUAAUAAAACAGUGUAAAAUUGUCUUAUAUGACCUGUAAUAGUUGCCCUGUGCAUGGCAAGACAAUUUCUGCUCUAUUUAUACAUUUCUUGGAGCAAAUUAAGUUAGAGACUUGCAGGACACUUUGUAAUCAUGGGAACGUUCUCUGCGGUGGUCUUCACUGAAGAGGUGCAUUAAUGCACUGUACAUUCAUUCAUGUCUGUAUGUAGCAGUUUUCUGAGUGGGUGCUUGUGGGUUUAUACCUCAUUGCAAGAUCUUUUGGUGCAGCGCCAUAAUGGGGGUCUCUUAGAGGGCGUGAGCAUGUGCAGCUUCCUGCUCAGCUGGCUAAAUCAAAACAUUGCUGUACACACGGUGCUGUUUAUCACUCAGAAAACAGUUGAGGUAGGGCUGUUCUUGACACACAACCCUCUUGUUUGUCACAAUGGUAAGACCUUGUUUGUCGUUUGCAAUUUCUUUGUCUUGUUUUUCCAUUGUUUGGUCUUUUUCCUCAUUGUAAUGUAGGGCUGGGUUACAAUAUAGAUUUGACUAAAAUGUCUGUAAUUAGCCACUGGCUGCUAAAUUUUCAUAUUUCCCUCUCUAAUUGAGUAUUAUAGUGACAAAGAGGUUCUUCAGCUAAAAUCGGUCUUUGCUUACCAAAAUUUGAAACAAUGCUGCCAGUGGCCAAAGCGGUAAGUAUUGGGCACGUGUGAGUAGGGUUGCCACCUGUCCUGUAAAAUACAGGAUCAUCCCGUAUUUAAAAGAUAAAAUGAUGCGUCCCAUAUCGAAUCAAAAUUGACACGAAUUGUCCCGUAUUUAAAUCCUGAAAUCAUUCAAGAACGAUAAAUUAACCUUUAUAUUCCUUGGAAAUUUUGCCUGCGGUUGGUAAGGGAGCAUCUGAAAAGUCCACACAUUGUGCUAAAAUGUGCUAAAACUGUGGAGGGUGUGGUAAGGGACCAUCUGAAAACCUCAGCCAGCACAACCUUCCCUGGGAGAUGGCACUUGUCAGUGAGCGAGUGAAUCUACCUAUGAAUGACUUAUAGAUUUCUCUGCACAUUAAACUAGUGUAGGAGAAAGUUUUUGUAACAUCCAAAAAGCCUUAAACCUUUCAUGCUGGGUUGAACUUCAGGCAAUUGUUUGAUAACAAUAAACAAUUAAUGUGGAGCUUUUAGGUAAAAUGUUUUUCUCUGAGCCACAGCAUUUUUUCAGACACCCUUUCUCUUUUUUUAUUUUAUUGUUGGGCAUUUUAAGCUUUUUAUUUAGAUUACAGGCAAACAGGAAAGUGGAGCCACUGGAUCCGAACCUGGGUCCCUAGCAUCUGUCCUGCUGAAUGUCCAGACUGAAGACCUCCACCAGCUACAAUCUUCUGCCCCUGGUUCGAGAGGGGUUACUCUCUGGCCACAAUGACUGAAGUUGUCAUUGUGAAGGAGGGAUGGCUGCACAAGCGAGGAGAGUACAUAAAGACAUGGAGGCCACGAUAUUUCUUGCUUAAGAGUGACGGAACAUUUAUCGGGUAUAAAGAGCGUCCACAAGAUGUUGACCAGCUGGAGACUCCACUCAAUAACUUCUCAGUGGCCCAAUGUCAGCUGAUGAAGACAGAGAGGCCUAAGGCAAACACGUUUAUUAUUCGGUGCUUGCAGUGGACUACUGUUAUUGAACGCACCUUUCAUGUCGAGACCCCAGAGGAAAGGGAGGAAUGGACAAAGGCCAUCCAGGUCGUGGCAGAUAGGCUACAGAAGCAGGAGGCAGAGAGAAUGGACUCUUCGCCUGACCCCAUGGACAUGGAGAUGUACCUGUCCAAACCUCGUCUCAAAGUGACAAUGCAUGACUUUGAAUACCUCAAACUCUUGGGGAAAGGCACUUUUGGGAAGGUCAUAUUGGUGAAGGAGAAAGCCACAGGCAGGUACUAUGCCAUGAAAAUCCUCAAGAAAGAGGUGAUAGUAGCAAAAGAUGAGGUAGCACAUACACUUACCGAAAACAGGGUCCUCCAGAACUCCAAACAUCCCUUCUUAACCGGUCUUAAGUAUUCUUUCCAGACUCAUGACCGCUUAUGUUUUGUUAUGGAGUAUGCAAAUGGAGGAGAGCUUUUCUUUCAUUUAUCGCGAGAGCGAGUAUUUUUGGAAGAGAGAGCACAGUUUUAUGGGGCAGAGAUCGUCUCGGCUCUGGACUACCUUCAUUCUGAGAAAAACGUUGUUUACAGAGACCUGAAGUUGGAGAACCUAAUGCUGGAUAAAGAUGGCCACAUAAAGAUCACAGAUUUUGGCCUGUGUAAGGAGGGUAUUACAGAGGGCGCUACGAUGAAGACGUUCUGUGGUACACCAGAGUAUCUCGCUCCAGAGGUUCUUGAGGACAAUGAUUACGGUCGCGCGGUGGACUGGUGGGGGCUGGGCGUGGUCAUGUACGAGAUGAUGUGUGGCCGGCUCCCGUUCUAUAACCAGGAUCAUGAGAAGCUCUUUGAGCUGAUCUUAAUGGAGGAGAUCCGUUUCCCUCGCACUCUUGGACCCGAGGCCAAAUCGCUGCUUUCAGGCCUGCUUCAGAAAGACCCCAAGCAACGGUUAGGCGGAGGACCAGACGACGCAAAAGAAAUCAUGCAGCAUAAGUUCUUUGCAGGCAUUGAGUGGCAAGAUGUUUAUGAGAAGAAGCUUGUUCCACCCUUUAAGCCCCAGGUAACCUCAGAAACAGACACUCGCUAUUUUGAUGUGGAGUUUACAGGCCAGACCAUUACCAUCACGCCCCCAGGCCAAGAUGAAACAAUGGAGUCCUUUGACAGUGAUAGAAGACCCCACUUCCCUCAGUUCUCGUACUCUGCCAGUGGCACAGCAUAAAAAAGCCCUGAAAACACACACAUCCACAAUUUCAAAUGCACAAAUACACCCCUUUCCCCCGAGGCACUGCUGAUAACGUAGCCAAUGCCGUCGCUUCUUCUUCAAUAGUAUACCAGACUUAAUUCACACUGGGAAGAUUUCACCAGUAGUCAUUAUUUGGUCUAUUUAUGAAGUAAGCACGGCAUAUUGGCAGUUUCUGUUUAAAGCAGGAGUGGUUCUCUUUACUAUGUCCAGUCGGUACAGUUGCUCGAUAUGCAUACUGUGCAUUAUGAAUAAUGAAGACAUUUCUAACACAAUAAUUUGGUACGAGUAUUUCCUGUGAUCCCUGGAGAUGCAGGCUACCCCUAAAAUACACUACUGUGUAAAUGCAAAUUAAAUUACAACCAGACCUUGCAAUUUAGAUGGAGUUGGAGUGAACAGUGUGUCAGAAGCAUUGGCUAUGUUCACUCAUAUCUCAACCACAACCCACAGUUCACAAGUGCGCCUUGUUUCCAAAACUUCUGUAAAACUGGUUUGUUUUUAAAAAAAAACCAUGUGGUUCUUAAGGGAUAUUGUAGUGUAUCAUGGUUUAUGUUCUGUAAGGACAUUAUUACCUGAAUACCAAAGAAAUUAUGAUUUACUAGUUUUAUUAUUAAUGCAUUUUCCACAUUACCCAAUCACUUUUUUUCUCACACAAAAAUAACUUUUUGUUCCUUGUAGAACUACAGUCGUGCUGGAUUGUAUCAUGCCUUUGUGCUAUUUAGGACUGCACUACUUGCAUGAACAUUGCAGCCAUGAUCUGAAGUUUGAAUGGAAAUAUUUUGAUUCUCACCCUAAAUCUAAGAGCAUUUCAGGACCACAGAUUACAGAAUGUAACCUCAAGAUUUUUAGGAUUAGUUGAGAAUAUUCACAUGUUGCAAUGAUUAAUUUGCAGGAAAUUAUUAUGUCCUUGCAAUUUAUACAAAAUACUGUAUAUCUACUGUAAAGUAGAUGCAAGCUGCGAAUGUUCUUUCAUAAGGGUUUAAUUCAUGACUCCUAAAUGUCAUGAGCCGAAAGAAAAUGACAGUAAAUAAAUUUUUGUAUUCAUGUGAAUUUGUUGUUACAGCAGAGAAUUGCAUAAACAUAGUAAAAAUGGAUCAGACAUACAUGUUUAAUGAUUAGCACGCUCCUUACAUUGUUUGAAAAUUGGCAGGUUUUUGGUUCACAUGCUUAAUAGUACCCAAUAUUUAAAUGAAUUCAUGCAAAAAUGGACAUUUCAAGGAAGUCUUCACUAACAUUUCAAGUCCUUUGAUAAAGGAAAGGGUACUGUAGCCUAUUCUAUCAAAACAAUGUGGUUUAUUUUAGUGUGCUUCACAUUUUAUAGAGAAAAGAAGACUUGUCAAUGGAAUAAGCUGCAAAUUCUGGUUAUACAAAAAUGGAAUCAUGUUACAUGAGAGGCCGUUCUAAUUUGCAUAUUUGCAAUAAUUGUGAAGUUGCAUCAUAAUAUAAGGUGAUGAGGUGAUAUGAAAGAUCAAAAUUUUGCCCCUAACAUAAAACAUUUGACAAAAUUUACACAAAAAUUGAUUUGGUCCAUGUUUGAAUAAUGAAUGAUGACCCAAAAAUAAUAUUGAAUGUAAGUUGCUCUUUCUCUCUCUUUUUUCUUUUCUUUUUUUCUACUUUGCUUUUAUAUUUUGUAUAGUUUUUUUCUAUUUCAAGUUUAAGUGAAACAUUUUGUAUUGAUACACCCCAUACUCAAUGACCAUGGCUGGUUUUUGAGAGAAACAUUCACAGUUUAAGUUAUUUUCUUAUUUUUCUUCCUAGUGGAGGGUGGACUGAGGGACUUAAUUAAUUGACCAUGUUUUGCAAAUUAAGAAAUAAAUUUUUUUUUGAUUAAACCAU